AGAAACAAUAAAAACUUUUUACAAAAAUGAGGAAAUUUUUUCUAUUUACCAUCAUACUACAUAUAUAUUUAUAUUUGAUAGUAAAACAAGUGUUAAGCAUUAGCCUAGAGGAGGCGCAUAACAGUGAAAUAUUACGCAAAUGUUUUGAAGAAAUUGAUCAAAGUCAAUACAACAGUUCAGAAGUACUGUUAGAUAAAUUCAAGAAUUAUGCUUAUUGGUCGCAUGAGGAGAUACCGUGCUUUGCUCGUUGCAUUGCCAGCGAGAAGGGUUGGUUUGAUAUCGACUUAAGUCGUUGGAAUAAGCAAAGAAUUGUCGAUGAAUUAGGCGCCAAUAUGUAUAACUAUUGUCGCUUCGAACUUAAUCGAGCGUUCAAGAAUGUCUGCUCAUUCGCUUUUAAAGGCUUAAGAUGCCUUAAACAGGCCGAGAUGAAUGUUAUCAUCACUCAUAAUAAUUUGUUGGAAUGCGUGAAAGAGAAAAGCAUUAGUAUGGACCAACUAUUGGAAUAUUAUCAUUUCCCCCAAUUGGAGCAUAUACCCUGUCUUUUCAAAUGCUUUGCCGACAAAUCGCAUCUUUAUACAGUUGAUCAUGACUGGAAUGUUUUGAAUUGGUUAAAAGCUUUCGGACCGAUACGUAACGAAAAUGCCGACAUAUCGAUAUGCAGAGUUAAUGCAAACGAAAGAGAAAAAAUGGAUAUAUGUGCCAUUAUGUAUGAAGAGUAUAAUUGCUGGGAACGUUUAAAUUACAAUACUGAUGGCAUUUCUGUAACUUAUAAGAAAGCAUUAAAAAAAAUCUUUAACUUUUAAUUACAAUUUUCAUUUUCUGAUUUGAACUGAGGCCCUGUGAAUGUUUUAUUUUCAAAGGAAAUUUGGUUUUUGCCUUCGAACGAUUUUCGCUAAAGGCGUAUAAAGGGAAUCUUUUGGUAUAAUAUUUUAUCUAUAUAUGUGAACUUUUAAUAAAUCUUGAUAGAAAUAUUUAGGGAAUUUUCGUAAU